AUGGAAAACAAUAAGAAACCUCCCACUUCUGAUCCCGACGUCUCAUCCGCGCGGGGAAACGCCCCGUCACCAGGGAGGACCGCACAGAAACCGAAGCAAACAAAGAGUCGCAAUGGCUGCGUCACUUGCAAGACCAAGCGGUUGAAAUGCGAUGAAACAAAACCAACAUGUGAACAGUGCGAGCGGCGCAAAGUGAGCUGCGGAGGAUACAAGAAAGACUUCAAAUGGCGACCGUUUGAGGAGACCAACUUGGCCCCGGGCCGGCCUAUCAAGGCCAAAAAGGCCAACUCGUCCCAUCAACAACACAUCAAUGGUGACAGCUUCCCUACACCUCCAACAACUGAACAAUCAACAUCUCCAAUUCGUAUUCAAGCUCAUCACCACUCUCACUCUCCGCCCGGAUCACUGCAUAGUUCCCCGAUGAGCAUCAACAGUUUUCCGUCCGAAGCACAAGCACUCGAUGAUCUAACAGACAAAACGAAAGAUGCUUCCAUGCCACAGUGCAGUGCGCCUCUCGACAUUAAUGUAUCAUUGUCCGCUGACUCUCCCUCAUUCAAUUUCCUUUCCUUUCUGGAGCCAUACCAGGAUUCACUAUCGCUGGCAGACUUCUUGGCAUCCCACGAUCUAGAGUCUGGUCGGCAGAUCUCCAUUGGCCCGGAGGAACUUGUCCAUGAUGCAUCAGGUCUCAGUUUCUCCAGGUUAUUGGAAGAAGAAAACGAUGAUAUCGAAGAUAUCAUCCGGCAAUCGGAUCCAGGGCUUGGACCAUGGAACUUCCAAAUAACAGAGUCAAAGUCCUUUAGCUUCAACUCAAUGAGCAUUCCAAGCAGCCUAUCUCUACCACCAGAGACUCCUGAAAUGUUGGUGAUGCGCUUUGACAAGCUCACCUGUGGGAUCCUGUCAAUCAAGGAUGGAGCUACCGAGAACCCAUGGAGGACAUUGAUUUGGCCGUUGGCGAAGAAUACACCGGCACUCUACCAUGCCAUUUUUGCCCUGACAGCAUUUCAUUCAGGCAAGGAAAAUCCCCAUCUCCGCGUGCAGGGAGUAAAACACAUGCGCCAAAGCAUCAAUUCCCUAGUAGCCCAGAUUCAGAGUAUGAGAGCAGAUGCUGCACUGGCCACCAGUCUUGCUUUGGCUUUUGCCGAUACAUGGGAUCAACAUACUAGUACCUGCAUACAGCAUCUCCGUGGAGCGAAAGCGUUAAUGUCGCAGGUCGUCGCUACCGGAAUGCAGGGAGACAUCAGCGAAGACGAGUUGGACCGUAUCCGCUUCUUGUACAAUACAUGGUCUUACAUGGAUGUGAUUGCACGAUUGACCUCUUUGGAUGACUGUGGGCCUCAGAAUUGGGAUACUUCCAUAUUCGAGCUGCCUAGUAAUGCGGUUCAUGACAUCGACCCAUUGAUGGGAUGCGCGACUACUCUGUACCCCCUGAUGAGCCGAGUUGCCAAACUAAUCCAGAAUGUGCGAAAAAGCCCGUCAAAUACAGUAUCAAUUGUCGCUCAAGCGAUGGAACUUAAAGGUCUGAUUGAGAACUGGGAGCCACCACGCUGGUUUGAACCGCCCGAAGAUCCAAAUUCAGAGGUGCAGCACAGUAUUCAGGUUGCUCAUGCCUACCGCUGGGCUAUCUUACUGUACCUCCAUCAAGCCGUCCCUGAAAUACCAUCUGAGCCCGCCGAUGAGUUGGCAAAAAGGGUGCUGAUUCUCCUUGCCACUGUUCCGUACACCUCACGCACAACCAUUAUCCAGGUGUUCCCUCUCCUAGCAGCUGGAUCAGAAGUUGAUGCCGAUGACGAUCGAAAAUGGGUAUUGGAUCGAUGGACCACAAUCCAAGGCCGACUAAUGCUCGGUGGAGUGGACCGCUGUCUUGAAGUCAUGAAAGAAGUCUGGGAUCGUCGCGAUAAAAUGAACGUAAGACGAGAGCAAGGACUGGCUGGCUCCCAACGUGCCCAUUCUAUCUCUUCCGCUGACAGGGAGAGCCUGGACUCGACAUUCCGCAACUCGGAUUUCGGCGGAUACAAUACGAAUGGCGCUCGCAGGACUUCAAUAGCUUCACAGCCAAGACAGCCUGCCUCAUGGUCUGCACGCCGCGGCUCCGCACUUUCAUCAUUGAAGAAUAUCGAGUUCGAGAGAACCGUCCGUGGCAAAUUACACUGGGUGAAUGUGAUGGCUGAAUGGGGAUGGGAAGGUGAGUUGAUAACCCCUAUUGCGCGCACACCCGCAGAACAACCUGACCUUGUGAAUCGAACAGUCUUCAUCGGCUAG